AUGGCGGACGGAGGAGCAGCGAGUCAAGAUGAGAGUUCAGGAGCAGAUGUAAAAGUGAAUAAUCAGCCAGAAACUACUAAAUGUGCAAUGGAAAGUGGUGACAGGAACACUGGGAUCCAAAUCAAUGGAUUGGAUUUUCAAAGGCCAACUGUGCCAACCACAAGUGCAAUCACCAAUGCACACGCACAAGCCCUCCUCCAACAGUCAAAGUCAGAAGACUCUGGAAGCGCGCUUUCCACCUCCGUCCAGCAGAGCGUGUUGCCUCAAACCCCGCUCAUGUUGGCCGGGGGUCAAAUUGCAGGACUGACUCUGACCCCGGCCCAACAGCAGCUGUUGCUCCACCAGGCCCAGGCUCAGCUCUUGGCUGCGGCCGUACAGCAUUCAGCCAACCAGCAGAACGGCACUACUGGGGCCAAUAUCUCAGCCUCCGCAGCCACGCCCAUUACCCAGCUACCCUUGUCACAGCCCAUCCAGAUCUCUCCUUUGCAGCAGCAGAAUUUAAGCCUGCCCCAGUUUGUGCUGGUACAACCUGGCCACCCGAUAGCCACACCUCUGCAGCCCGCUCAGUUCAUCAUCUCACAGACACCCCAGGCCCAGCAGAGCAUAUUGCAAGCGCAGAGUCUUCUCACUCAACUACCUCAAAGCCAAGCUAACCCCCUGCCAACGCAGCCGAGCAUCACCCUCGCAACACAGCCUGCAACUCCUACCCGUACCACGGCAGCCACACCCAUUCAGUCGCUGCCCCACAGUCAGACACCGCCCAAACAGCUUGAUACGCCCACUCUGGAGGAGCCAAGUGAUCUGGAGGAACUGGAACAGUUUGCCAAAACCUUCAAACAGAGGCGGAUCAAACUAGGUUUUACACAGGGGGAUGUUGGCCUGGCCAUGGGUAAACUGUACGGAAAUGACUUCAGCCAAACAACUAUUUCUCGCUUUGAGGCCUUGAAUCUGAGCUUUAAGAACAUGUGCAAACUCAAGCCACUGCUGGAAAAGUGGCUUAAUGAUGCUGUUUGUGCAGAGAACCUGACUUCUGACCAGGGGCUGUCCAGUCCCAGUGCCCUUGGCUCUCCAGGCAUGGGCAUUGAGGGGAUCAACCGCAGACGGAAGAAAAGGACAAGUAUUGAGACCAACAUCCGCGUGGCCUUAGAAAAGAGCUUUCUGGAGCAGAACCAAAAACCUACCUCUGAGGAGAUCACUAUGAUCGCUGACCAGCUCAACAUGGAGAAGGAGGUGAUCCGGGUCUGGUUCUGCAACCGCAGGCAGAAGGAGAAGAGGAUAAACCCCCCGAGCACAGGCAGCGUAGGCGGAACCCCCAUCAAAACCAUCUUUACACCCAGUAGCCCUUUGGUGGCCAGCACAGCGAGCCUGGUGAACAGUCCGACUAUAAACACGCCCACCACGCUGACUGUAAAUCCAGUGCCUCUCACCAGCACCAGUGUCUCCAGUUUAUCCUUUACAGGCACGACUGUUGGAGUCACAAACACCGCAUCUGUCAUCUCCACCACACCCAUGAUUUCCACGGUAACCAGCUCUCCAUCACUAAGCCCGUCCCCGACGUCUGUUCAGUCCAGCACCGUGGAGAAUAAAGUCACUACUCAGGCGCAGACCAUCGUCACCCAGGCCCCGUCGUCUAUAGGUAGCACCCUGGGAACUGGCCAGCUCAUGGUGGCCGCCUCCGGUCUAUCCACAGCAUUUCAAGGAGGUGCCCAGUUGCCCACCAGCGCUAGCUUUGCAGCUAUGGCUGCCGCAGCAGGGCUGAAUCCAGGAUUAAUGCCUGCCUCCCACUUUGCUCCAGGUGGGGCUCUGCUUAGUCUGACUCCCGGUGCCCUCAUGAACAACAGCACGCUGGCCACCAUCCAAGCGCUGGCAUCGAGCGGCACAAUCCCAAUAACAACGCUUGAUGGCAGCAACCUGCUAUUUGCCAACACAACUGGCAACAGUGCAUCCAACCUGGUCACCACGCCGCUCUUCCUCAACCCCCAGAACCUGUCGUUGCUCACCAGCAACCCCGUCAGCCUGGUGUCGGCCGGGGCAGGUGGGCUGCAGGUCACCGCCGACGCCCACCACCAGGUCUCCGCGGCCGCCGUGCCUGUGCAAGCCACCACCAUUACCACUGCCUCAAAGGCGCAGUGA